AUGUCCUUAGUGGACCUUGGGAAGAGGUUGCUAGAAGCAGCUCGCAAGGGCGAAGAUGACGAAGUGCGAAAGCUGAUGGCAAGGGGUGCUCCCUUCACCACUGACUGGCUCGGGACAUCGCCGCUUCACCUCGCUGCCCAGUACGGCCACUAUUCGACAGCAGAAGUGCUGCUUCGAGCUGGUGUUAGCAGAGAUGCUCGAACAAAAGUGGACCGGACGCCACUACACAUGGCUGCAGCCGAUGGACACACACACAUUGUAGAACUGCUAAUUAGGAACGGAGCCGAUGUAAAUGCCAAGGACAUGCUGAAAAUGACGGCUUUGCACUGGGCGACAGAGCACAACCACCGAGACGUCGUAGAGCUGCUCAUCAAAUACGGAGCUGAUGUCCAUGCUUUCAGCAAGUUUGAUAAAUCGGCUUUUGAUAUUGCUUUGGACAAGAACAAUCCAGAGACAUUGGUAAUGUUACAGGAAGCAAUGCAGAACCAAGUAAACACUCAUCCAGAGAGAACAGAUCCCAUCACCAACACUGUGACUCUCACCCCACCAUUUAUUCUUACGCCAGGGGAAGUUCUCAAUCUCACUAAUCUCAUCUCUUCAGCAAACACCAAAACAACCUCAGGUGACUCGCAUGUCUCUAUGGUGCAGUUUUCCAAUUCAAUGACCUCCGUGCUUGCCACGCUUGCGGCCCUCGCCGAAGCAUCGGCACCACUUUCCAACUCCAACAGAGACACAGGUAAGACGGAGGAAAUAGCGGAAGCAAAUUCUGUCAAUUCUACCCUACAACAAGUGGUUGGCAGCGGAGGGCAGCACGUCAUCGCCAUUGUAGCGGACGGGGUUCCCCUGGGCAGCCUGCAAACAGCCAUCCCCACCAGUGGCCUCAGCCAGCCCUUCAUCCUAACCAUGCAAGACGGACAGCAAGUUUUAACUCUACCUGCUGGUCAGGUUGCAGAAGAGACUGUUAUUGAAGACAGAGAUGACGCAGAAGAGCAGGAAAAGCCGCUGGCCAAAAAGCAAAAAGUGGAACAAGAUGUAGAUGACUCGAAGGAAGACAAGGACAGCGUUGAAAGGGAAGUGCUACAGCAGCAGUUGCAAGAGGCGAACCGGAAGGCUCAGGAAUAUCGCAGCCAGCUCAUGAAGAAAGAGCAAGAGGCGGAGGAGUACCGGCUGAAGCUGGCAGCCAUGGUGAGGCAGCAGCCCAAUGGAGUGGAGGUGACGGUGCUCGAAGAGGUCGUCGAGGCAGACCCGCUCGUGGUAACCUCGGAGGACAUCAAGGAAUCCGUGCUGGCCAUGUUGGAGACGGAUCAGCCAACUGAUAUCGCUGUGGAAACUGUAACCUCCUAG